UUGUUCAUUCACAAUGAAUACUACAACAACUACACAUCCGAUAGAAGUGAAAAUCUUGUUUUAUGCGGGUUUUUUCAUUGCAUUUCCUUCAAUUAUUGUAGGAAAUAGCCUGGUAAUCCUAUCAGUUGUUAUCAAUAAACAGCUACGUACAAAGACCAAUGCAUUAAUAGUCAGUCUAUCGUUAGCCGAUCUACCUGUAGGUCUGUUGGUAUUCCCAACUAUUACCAUUAUCCAGAGAUAUGGACCGACUAUGGAGUCUACUKUUGGCUUAAAUCUCUGUCACGUGAAUAUCUUUAUAACUCAACUGUUUUUGAGUUCGUCGUGUCUUCAUUUAUUGUUUAUAAUUCUUUUCUMCGUAACAGCAAUCACMAAGCCUUUGCGUUAUCACGAACUCGUAACYGGCCGACGUAUUCGCAACAUCAUCAUGUUUAUUUGGACGCUGUCACUAGGAGUGGCACUCCUCCCCUUCACGGGAUGGCGCCAGAUGACAAAAAGAACCGAAGGGGGGUUCUGUCAGUACCACCUUAACCUCGACAUCACCUACAUCUUUUUCUUGCACGUAACAGUCUGCGUGAUUCCAAUCACCGUUACGUGCUUCGCGUACUGCAAGAUAUUCCGUAUCGCUAAAGAGCAAGCCAUGAAGAUUGCUAACGCAGAGAUUAACGUAAGCGAACGUGAACGACAGCAACUUCGUUUAGAGAAAGAAAGAAAGAUUACCUUGGCUGUSGCWGUAGUAGUUGGUGUGUUUAUUCUGUGUUGGGGACCUCUUAACAUUCUCCUSAUCGUCUACGCGGCGUGUCAUUCCUGCGUAUCUUCAUCCGUUGUGGAAGGAUUUGAGAUCCCUGCGUUGAUUAACUCAGCCUGCAAYCCAAUAAUCUACAGCGUAUUUAAUAAGGAUUUCAGACAGACAUUUAAAAGGCUUCUUUGCUGUCAAUAUGAAUGCUGUCAUAGAAACAGUGUUUCAGAUUAAUUAUUGUGCCCCUGCGUCACGUGAUUCAACAGUCCCGGACGCUAUUAACCAAUAGAGGCACAAUAAAGUGUAUUGAUUUACAAUCGACAGCAUAUCUCAGGUAUUGCUUUCGCGUUCUUUUUUUUAACAACACCACUCUAUAGAACCAAUAAUUGUAAAAUAUUAAUGUAUGAUUUUAUGAACUUCUUUAAUAAAAUUCAUUCAGUUA